GUCCCCACUGUGGCUGGUCUGAGGGACGCCAUCACUCUGCUUGUCCUUGUAGGAGCUAUCUGGGCAGCCUGUCCCUUUCCCAGCCCUCUGAGCCGUGGGGGGAAGCUGAGCGCUUGGACAGCCGCUGGAGAGCAGCUGGAGUGGCCCAUGGACCUGCCCGCGGGCCAGCCUAGUGGCCCCACUGCACAAAUGUACCUCUGGGAGCAACCUGAGGAGGCGAAUUCAGGGCCACUGCUCAGCCUGGAGGAACAAAUCCUUAACUCCACAUUUGAAGCCUGUGACCCUCAAAAGACAGGCACUGUGGCUGUGGCCCACCUCCUGGCCUACCUGGAGGCUGUGACAGGACAAGGCCCUCAGGAUGUGCGCCUCCAAACACUGGCCCGGAGCUUGGACCCUUACGGGGAGGGUGCUGGAGCCACUGUGGAGUUGGACACCUUUCUGGUGGUCAUGCGGGACUGGAUUGCUGCCUGUCAACUGCAGGGGGGAUUAGAGCGGGCAGAGGAGGCCGCCGCCUUCGGGGGAGCCCUGGCUUCUCCACACCUGCCAUCUGCAUGCCCAGAAGCUGAGGAGCCAGCCAACUUAGAGAGCUUUGGAGGAGAAGACCCCAGGCCUGAGGGGCCUGCCACAGCCGAGCUGCUGAGCAGCCUGGAGGACCUUGAACUCAGCAACCGGCGCCUGGCUGGCGAGAACGCCAAACUGCAGCGCAGCGUGGAGACUGCUGAGGAGGGCUCAGCACGCCUAGGGGAGGAGAUUGCAGCCCUGCGGAAGCAGCUGCGAAGUACCCAGCAGGCCCUGCAGGUGGCCAAGGCUUUGGACGAGGAGCUAGAGGACCUGAAGACUCUGGCCAAGAGCCUGGAAGAGAAGAACCGCAGCCUGAUGGCCCAGGCUCGACACACAGAGAAGGAGCAGCAACACCUGGUGGCUGAGGUGGAGACGCUACAAGAGGAGAACGGGAAGCUGCUAGCUGAGCGAGAUGGAGUGAAGAGGCGGAGUGAGGAGCUGGCCACAGAGAAAGAUGCUCUGAAGCGGCAGCUCUGUGAGUGUGAACAGCUCAUUUGCCAGCGUGAAGCAGCCCUCUCAGAGCGUACCCACCACGCAGAGAGUCUGGCCCAGACCCUGGAGGAGUACAGAGCCACCACCCAGGAACUAAGGCAGGAAAUCUCAAACCUGGAGGAGCAGUUGAGUCAGAGCCAGGAGCACCCAGAGCAGCUGCUGGAAGGGGCUGAGGCAGGAAGAGUGGGCUGUGUUAUGACUCUGCCCCCAUCACUGGACUUGGAGAUCCAGGCUCUCUGGCAGGAGCAGGAUGCAGCAGGUUCUGGCCUCUCCAAUCCUCUCUGUGGAGUGUGGCAGUGGGAGGAGGCUGAGGGUGAGCCCCAUGAGGAGGCUGAGGACCCUGCUAGAAGACAGAGAAAUUUCCAGAGAGAGCCAGGCCACACUCUAGAAGAAAGCCAAGCACCACCCUUGAGGUUGUCCAGAAGACAGGAAGAACAGGAAGACGAGAGCUGGAUCCUGGCUGACCCCUCCAGCCUUCUGGAUGAACACUCCCCGGGAAGCUGUCCUGAGAGGUGCCAAGUCCUGCCAGAGUUGCAACGAGCCCUUGUGCCUGUGGUGAGAGAGUUGGUGCCAGUUGAGAGGUCCCGGGCGGCCCACCACUGUCUGCGCCCCCAGCACUCCCCAGGGAUCAGAAUCAGCCAGCCCCCGCUGCUCCCCACCCCCAUUCUGGGCCUGCUGCUGCUGCUGCUGCUCUCCGCCUUGCUGCUCAGCCAGUCCCCACCACCCACCUGGCCGCACGUGCAGCUCUACUACCUUCAGCCCCCGCCGGUGUGAGGCGCCCUUCCCGGAAAACAGACCACCCCACUACCCCGUGCCACCAUCGUGCCUCCCGCUGUCGCUGACUCAGAGUCAGGACGCGGGCCCCCGACAUCCCUAAGUUGUUUUAUGUGACCAUGACCUACCCUGCUUCCUCCCGCUUCUUAACAAUAGCAAAUC